AUGUCUUCCAACGAGAGUGCACAGGAGGAGGAUGCAAUCUCCACCUCUCCCUUUCUUCAUUACACAUCUGGGACCAUCGUUCCACCUUGCGUUACUCACAUUCGAGUAGACGAAACAGUGGAAGUACUAGAAGAAAAUGCAUUCAAGGAAUUACUGGAUCUACUUGCUGUCGAACUUCCCCAUGCACUGCGGUGCAUUGGAAAGAUGGCCUUUUAUUGUUGCGUCAAUCUGAAAACUGUGAAUUUUCCGCCACAAUUGAUUGAGAUUCCAGAGGAUGCCUUUCAGUCUUGUCGGAAUCUAGAAGACGUUGUCUUGCCUGCUAAACUAGAGAUCAUUGGAGCUAGGGCCUUUUUCGAAUGCGAGUCCAUUACGGAACUCAACUGCCCAGAAACGCUGAAAGUGAUUGGCAAGGGAGCCUUUGUUCAUUGUCGAUCCUUGGUCUCGAUGAAUCUUCCUGAUUCUUUAGAAGCUCUUGGCGAUAGAACCUUUGUGGACUGCGAAUCGCUAAAGACCAUAAACGUUCCUUCUGGAAUUAACAAGAUUCAACGGGGAACUUUCGCACAUUGUCACAGUUUGGCACAUGUGGAAAUGUCGGAAGGACUGGAGGUGGUUGGUGAGGGCGCCUUUUGGUUCUGCAUUUCACUGACGCGUGUGAGGAUCCCGACUACCGUCAAUGUGAUUGAAACGUCAGCUUUUCUGUACUGCACGAGUUUGGAGUCCGUAGAAGUAUCCUAUGGUAUUUACUAUGUGGGACCCAUGGCGUUUCAAAUGUGCGAGAACUUGGUGAAUAUUGCUCUCCCGCCGUCCUUGAACGAUGUAUCGAAGACUGCGUUUGACGGGUGUGAAAAGUUGAUGGAUUUAGUGUCCUCAGAUUCUGAGAAACUCUUUUCCAAACUGCGGGAACGGUUUGAUGGACUCUCUCUUCACAGGCUAUGCUACGACCACCAAAACCCAUUUAUUGUUUCCGAUGCGAUUGAUCAAGACAAUGGCUUUGCUGAAAGUGAGAAUACCAAGACUGUGGAUACUUUGGGUAUGCUUCCAUACCAUAUAUUGUCGUUGUCCACGAAACUCGAUUUAGGGCUAUUCAAGAAACUUUUGAUGAAAGACCAAUGCUCGAACAAAUUGGCUUUGGUGAGCGAAACCGAUAAGUUCGGCAAAUGUCCAAUGGAUUAUCUUUGUGGCAGCAAUGAAGCAAAUGCAAUCCAUGUGGUUCGAGAUAUCCUAGCGUUGGUGACAGCGGAUCGCAUUGGAAUCUUGGGUUUGGAACGAUGGAAGAUGGAAGUCAACCAAGGUAUUGAACACAUUGUCUACGGCGACGUUCCUUCAGCAAGGCGAAAACGAAUCUAUCAAGUUUACCGCAAUUUACUAUCCAAUGAAAGGCUAGAAGCUACUUCCUUAUUGGAACUGGUUGUUUGGAAGGCCGAGAUCGAGUCACUAACGUUGCAAUCAGCACCACUGAAUGGUGAGGAACGAAGAGCUUGUCGAAUCAAGAGUGGAGUCGGAAUAGUGAUACCGAACGUUAUGGCCUUUAUCAGUGAUGCCAUUGAUGAGUUGUCCUUUAAAUCCGAAGACUACGACUAA